CAAAAUUACCUACAAAGAGAAAAGGGGGGCCGAACAUGGUUGCGUCAUUUGUGUGUCCCCCCUCGGCCAUGAUUUCUUGUUCCAGCUUGGAAUGCCGCGAUUUGCUUUGGAGCGCAAAGCAUAGAAGAAGAAAAAAGGGUCCUGCCUAAAACAAACAAAAAAACGACUGACAAAUGCAGCUUUGAAAUGUGGCCGGUCGCAAAGCAGCGAACGGUUUGCCCCGCCCCCCGCCAUGGAUGGAAGGUUGUAGAUUUUCUUUUCUGGCGUGGCCGGUGAGAGCCGUGCCGAGGAAGACGGCCAACGGGUACAGGCAAUACGGAGGACUGGGCGGAAAGCUGACUGACUCGUUGUGUCGAGCUCCGAUAUCUGAGGAGGUAUAUAUAGCUGUAGUCGGCCUCUUUGUUCCUACAUCAUCUUUACGUAUAGAUCUCAUCUUCAUUCUAUAAGACUGUUUCCCUAGAGCCUUUUAGAUACCCCUGCUCAACUUGUUUUCUUUGCAAGACAAAUAAAAUCGCAAUACUGUUUUUUUCUUUCACUUUUUUUCACUUUUUGAUACCCAUAACCCAAUCGAAACAUACACACACUCUACAAAAUGGCACCCACUAGCAACAAGGCCAUCAUCUUCAAGAAGGCUCCCGAGGGCUUCCCCAAGCCCGGCGAGGACCUCGUGAUCGAGGACCGGCCUCUCGAGCUGGUGGCCCCCGAGGGUGGCGUGGUCGCACAGGUUCUCUACGCCUCGUUCGACCCCUACCAGCGCGGGCGCCUCCGAAAGCCCGAGGUCAAGUCGUACUUUCCGGCCAUGACGAUAGGGCAGCCGCUCGAGAACACGUCGCUGCUGCGCGUGCUGGAGUCCAAGAGCGAGCGGUUCGCCAAGGGCGACGUGCUCAAGCACUCGCUGUGCCCCAACCAGCAGUACGUGGUGCUGUCGGCCGAGCAGGCGCAGCAGCAGAGCAUCUUCAAGGUGGAGGAGUCGAGCGAGUUCGAGCUGGCCCACCACCUGGGCGUCCUCGGCAUGCCGGGCCUGACCGCCUACGCGUCGCUCUUUGAGAUUGGCAAGCCCAAGAAGGGCGAGACCAUCCUCGUCAGCAGCGCCGCCGGCGCCGUCGGCCAGGUCGUCGGCCAGCUGGCCAAGCGCGAGGGCCUGACCGUCAUCGGCAGCGUUGGCUCCGACGACAAGGUCGAGUACUGCAAGGAGCUCGGCUUCGACCACGUCUUCAACUACAAGAAGGAGAGCCCUGACGCCGCGCUGACCCGCCUGGCCCCCAACGGUAUCGACAUUUACUACGAGAACGUCGGAGGCGAGCACCUCGAGGCCGCCCUCAAGCACAUGAACAAGUACGGCAGGAUCCCGACUUGUGGAAUGAUCUCCGAGUACAACGUCAAGCCCGAGGACCAAAAGGGCAUCAAGGGCCUGAUGAACAUCGUCUCCAAGGAGAUCACCAUGCGCGGAUUCCUGUACCAGUCGAUCGCCGGUCCCUGGGCUGCCAAGUUCAAGGAGGACGUUACCAAGGGACUCAAGGACGGCUCGAUCAAGGCCAAGCUCCACGUUGUCGAAGGAAUCGAGAACGGCCCGGAGGGUUUCGUUGGCAUGCUGCGGGGUGAGAACUUUGGCAAGGCCGUGCUGAAGAUUGGCGAGUAGACUUGAACGGGUCUACAUUGUACAUUAGACGAACCCUAAAAUUCUAAUGAUUAUGACAUUGAUACUG